GCUCAGUCAUGGCAGAAAAAAGAAAAGGAAAUUUUUCGGAGACCGAGAUAGAGGUGCUUGUGGAUGAGGUGGAGGCCAGGAAGAGUAUUUUGUUUGGUGGUCAUAGUAGUGGCAUCACUAACAAAAGAAAAGGCACUGAGUGGCAGCAAGUUGUCACCUCUGUCAACAGUGUGAGUGCCACAGAGAGAACUGUGGCAGAGGUGAAAAAGAAGUGGUCUGAUUUGAAGGUGGAGACCAAGAAGAGAGUGACAAGCCAUCGCCAAAGCGUGUCUGCUACAGGUGGGGAUAGAGGCAAACCUGAGCCCACACCUCUGGACAGCAGGAUAGCAUCCAUCCUCGGGACGGCCAGCGGGUGUGGAAUCGUGUCAGAGAAGGAAGGAGACACCGAUUUGGCAGAGCCCACAGAGGAGACCGAGUUGGAAACGCUGGCUGACGAGGAGGUUCCGACCACAGCGUGUCCUGUCAGCGUGGAUGAAUCCUGGCUGUCCCCAGUACAAGUACAUCCUGAGACCAUGGCACACCCAGAAGUGGUCGGGUCCUGACAGACAGAGUCCUACAAUCACAAAGGGACACCAUCGGUGCCAUAAAUGAAGUGCGGGAUGAGCUCCAGCAAAUACGCACCGUAAUGAACAACAUGUGUGAGGUCCUGUCUGACAUU